GGGCAGCCGGCUGUCACGGGACAACCUGCAGGGUCUGCUCCAGGCCGCCACUGGGAAGAUGAGGAAGAAUUCUCGAGCGGAGGGAGGCAUGCCAGAGGGACCCCCCAAAACCUGCGGCGCCUACAUCAACCGCCUCAUCAAAGUGGAGGCUCCCGAGAAGAAUGGGAAGGGAUACCCUGGCCCCCUGCCCGCUGGCCUGCCUGCCCCCGAGCAGGACAAGGGAAAGACCCCCAAGACAGAGACGGUCAUCAUCCUGGAGGACUAUGCUGACCCCUAUGACGCCAAGCGCACCAAGGGGCAACGGGACGCCGAGCGCCUGGGGGAGAAUGAUGGGUACAUGGAGCCCUACGAUGCCCAGCAGAUGAUCACAGAAAUCCGUCGUCGGGGCUCCAAGGAUCCCCUGGUCAAAACUAUCCUGCUGCUGGACAGUCCUGGCGAGUCGGGGGAGGGGGGUGCCAAACUGGAGCCGGCCAAGUGGCUGGGGGGCAAGGAGGUGGCAGGGAAGGGGUCACAGCUCUACGACACCCCCUAUGAGCCUGGGGAGGGGGUGGCUGGGGGGACCCUGGAGCACAGGGUGUGGGCCAGUGACGGGCGCCUGCCCGAGAACGACGAGCGCCCAGCGGGAGAGUACGAGCAGCCCUGGGAGUGGAAGAAGGAGCAGAUUGUCAAAGCAUUGUCAGUCCAGUUUGAGGGCUCGGAACGUCCCAAAGAGGAGACGCUGCGGCAGCACCUACGCCAGAAGAGCUGGACCCCCAAGAUGCUGAAGCCGGUGGGGGCCGAGCACAGUGAGGGGGAGCGGGUGGACCCUGCCCUGGCACUGGAAAAACAGCCAUGGUACCACGGGGCCAUCACGCGGGCUGAGGCAGAGAGCCGGCUGCAGACGUGCCGGGAGGCAGGGUACCUGGUGCGCACCAGCGAGACCGGCAGCGGCAAGUACUCCAUCGCGCUGAAGACCAGCCAGGGCUGCGUCCACAUCAUUGUAGCCCAGACCAAGGACAACAAGUACACGCUCAGCCAGGCCAGCGGCGUCUUCGCCAGCAUCCCUGAGGUCGUGCACUACUACUCCACUGAGAAGCUGCCCUUCAAGGGGGCCGAGCACAUGGCCCUGUUGCACCCUGUCCACUGCAAGCUGCAUUAGUGCCCGCUGAUGCCCCCCCAGACUGAUCUGCGACCUCCACUUCUGUCAUACGGGGCAGGUCUGCCCACGGAGAUGGCCACAUGCCACGGGGAGGGUCCAGAGGGAAUGCCUCUGUCAAGUCAUGACCUUGAUCCUGGACUCCAGCAGGGCUGUUGGGAUUUUGCCAGGACAAAUCUUGACCACCCUGUGCCAGAGCUGACAGGCCACGGGGCUGCCCAGGGUGGGGGACCACAGCGAGACUGGGAUGUGUAACGAUAUAGUAAAAUAAAUUUGUUGGCUGAGAAGGGCCAGCAGUCCCAGAUGGCUGGGAUGGGGCUCGUG